CAGGUUCUUUUCUGCGGAGUGCGGACCUUCGCUCCUUAGCUUCCCUCUCCUCCCAGUUCGCACCAUCGUCCGCCGUUGGUCGAAGUAUACUCGAUAUAUCCGCCGACCGACACUCUUCCCCUUCUCCUUCGCAGUACAGGCCUUCUGUAUACAGCCCAGCAUUUAGGAGGUUGUUGAAAACAUGGCCAAGCACCAUCCUGAUUUGAUUAUGUGCAGGAAGCAGCCAGGAAUUGCGAUUGGACGACUUUGCGAGAAAUGUGAUGGCAAGUGUGUGAUCUGUGAUUCUUAUGUUCGUCCUUGUACGCUUGUCCGGGUCUGCGAUGAGUGCAACUACGGCUCAUUUCAAGGUCGUUGUGUCAUAUGUGGAGGAGUAGGAAUCUCUGAUGCUUACUACUGCAAGGAGUGUACACAACAAGAGAAAGAUAGGGACGGAUGCCCUAAAAUUGUGAAUUUAGGGAGUGCCAAAACUGAUCUGUUUUAUGAACGUAAAAAGUAUGGUUUUAAGAAACGAUGAUGAAGAUGAUGCUGGAUUCUUGAUAUGUCUGUAUCUUAUUAUUAAGACAGCUUUCUGAGAUAAACGUAUGGAUGUCAGAAAGGAAAGGGUAUGUAUACAUUUAUCUGAUGCAUGAUAUGAACUGUUAGCAAGCUGACUUGUGUCUGUGGCUCCUUGCUUGAACAUUGUUCAAAUGCUGGUGACCAAGAACAGGAAAUUAGUAACCUUUUUGUAAUAACAACAAUUAGCCUUGUUAUUAGCCUUUUUGUUCUGGUGUGUA